AUGUCUUCUUCCGUUGAAAGUGAUAAAAUAUAUAGGCAUAUAAAUUUAUUUGAUAAUUACAAACAGAAAAUUGACGAAUUUCAAAGUAAAUCUGAUCGGGGAUCAGAAGAUUCAUACUGUAAUAAAGCUAAAUCGAGUGAAAAUAUUAAUAUUCAAGAAUUUUCUACAUUGUGUCCUCAAGCUAUUUCUUUUUUAAAUGAUAAUACAGAAUCAGGUAAAGAUUAUGCUAAGGAUGAAGCUUGUAUAUACUUGUAUUAUUGGUUGUAUGUUGAACUUAAUAAUAAAAAUAAAGCAUAUAGUGAUAUUAAAAAAUGUUAUGAUGGAUUCCUACAGGCAUACAAAAAUUUGGCAGUUUCUACAUGCGAGUAUUACGAGAAUAACAUUACUGAACUUAUAUUAAAAAAAAUCAAAGAUAUAUAUGACAUGAAUAAAGGAAUUCAAAAUAUGGAGCAAAAAGGGGAAUCGUACUGUAAUGAUAAAUGUACAUGUGCCAAAAAAUGCUUUGAUAUAUAUAAGACAUACAUGAAUGAAUGUAAAUCCAACAAUGACAAUGAUUUUUGCAAUGCUUUAGAAAAUGUUCGAGUCAAAUAUAAUGAAAAAAUGUCAGGUCAAAAUUGUGAAAAUGAUACUCCUCAAGCAAUACAUUCAUUGCAACCCUAUAGUAUCAGAAUUCCUAUAUUAUUUUCAAUUGGUAUCAUAUUAAGCAUGUGCCUUUUUCUAUUUAUCUUGUAUAAAUAUACGCCGUAUGAUUCAUUCUUUCGAUGUGCAAGAGUAAGAAAAAAAAUUAAGUGGAAUAAUGUAGAUAAUAAUGGGAAUAUACUACAAUUGUAUGAAAUAUCAAAUGGAAAUUUUAAUAAUAAUAAAUGUCAUAUAUUAUACAAUACUUCCUAA